CCCGCGUGCAACACCAACCAAACGCCAAGACGCAAAGCGACCGGCCGCGGCCGCGCGAGCUAGCUAGCUAGUGGGAAAGGCGGAAAAGGCAGGCAGAGGCGUCACGAACCCUACAUCGUCUGAUUGAUUUCGCCUCGCCGGUGCAACUUUUUGUAAGCGGUGUGCGUGUGUGUAUAUAAGGCCGAGGGAGGUGGUGGGUCGCUAUGGAGAGGAGUAGCUGGUUCCGGAAGAGGAAGAAGGCGCAGGGCGGAGGGGAGAAGGUGGUGGUGGACGGGUCGGAGAUCCGGGAGCUGGUGGAGGACAGGGAGGCGUUCGGGUUGCUCGUGGAGAGCAAGUUCCGGCAGCUCGACGCCGACGGGGACGGCAGGCUCUCCGUGCGGGAGCUGCGCCCCGCAGUGGCAGACAUCGGCGCCGCGCUCGGGCUCCCCGCGCAGGGGUCCUCUCCCAACGCCGACCACAUCUACUCGGAGGUCAUGAGCGAGUUGACUCAUGGGACGUCCCAAGGCGAGGUGAGCAAGGCCGAGUUCCAGGAGGCCCUGUCCGACAUACUCCUCGGCAUGGCGGCCGGGCUCAAGAGGGACCCGAUCGUCAUACUGCGCAUCGACGGCGAGGACCUGAGGGACUUCGUUGGCAGCAGCAGAUACGAACCGGAAGCUGCUGCCAUUUUCUCACGGGUAGGUGCUCAAGAUUCGUCUCUGCGUCAAUGCUUGUUGGCCGCUCUUCAGAAGCUCACUGUCGACUAUGGAAUGCCACCGGCUUCAGAUACCUGGGUUACGGAGAACAUCAUAGAGCCGGCAUUGCAGCAGCUUCCUGCCGAUCAGCUUGAGCAACCGGCCUCCCGAGACGGCUUCUUCCAGCAACUCAAGAAGUUGCUGGGCGCCAUCGCUGAACGGCUCCAGGAGCAGCCAGUGAUCGUUGCACACACCGAGAACACCUUCGAUGGUAGUGGCGUCAAGAGGCUGCUGGCCAACAAGUUCGAGCUGGACAAGCUGUUGGAUUCUGUUUGGAAAGAUGUACCUGCAGAACAUAAGAGCAAGGCAUCGAAGGAGUGCAUCAGAGCCGCACUUGAUAAAAUGGCCGAUGCAGCAAGCCUGCCACCUUACGGUGCUGUUGACGAGGUGGACGCCGUGGUGAACGAGGCGAUCAAGAUGGCGAAUAUCAACGAUGGACAGGCGGUAGACGAAGCGGGAUUCAAGAAGUUGCUAACAGAGAUCCUUGGGGCCGUGAUGGUGCAACUGAACGGCGCUGCCAUCUUCGUCUCGACCAACACCGUGGUGAACGAGCCAUUGUCCGGUUCAUCCGCCCUGUGGUCCUCGCCGCCGGUGACAUCGUCCCUAAGUGAAUAAUGUGUAUACAUGAUACGUAAUAUAACAGGGAACAGAGUCUCUCUAAGUGAGCAGGGGCUGUGCUAUUGCUUUUUGUUUGAUCACAGGCACUGCAGGAGCAUGCUAUGUUAUAGACUGGCUGCAACCUGACGAGAUGCAAAGAUGCAGGCCGUCAGGCUUGUUAGCCUGAUUGAUGCAAGUUUGGAAUAAGGCGUUCAAGCCAGACACAUUGAUCAAUGUGUAUAUAUUUCGAAGUUUGCUGGUUGGGGAUGGAUAACCAUCUGCGAAUAAGAUUAAUUAAAUUCA